CACAGCUGUGUCGAGCUCUUCCGGCGCAUUUCUUUCCACUGCCGACCACGUUCUCCCUCUAUUUUCCGAUUCCUCUUCGCUGCACCUCGCUGUGGUUCGGUGAUUACCUGGACCCGUAUACAAGAUGUCGUCGGAACAGGUCGAGGCGCUCAAAGCCACCGUCGACAAGCUAGAAAAGAAAGUCCACGACCUCGAGGCGCGACUGUCAGGGAACCCAGCAGCAGGUACCGCGAACAGCGAUGGCAUGCGCAUGAUCUUGAUUGGACCUCCUGGAGCUGGCAAGGGCACUCAGGCGCCGAGAAUCAAGGAAAAGUAUGGCUGCUGCCAUCUGGCUACCGGCGACAUGCUUCGCGCGCAAGUAGCCGCAAAGACCGCGCUUGGCCGAGAGGCGAAGAAGAUCAUGGAUGCAGGAGGCCUGGUGUCAGACGAGAUCAUGAUUGGCAUAAUUGAGAAGGAGCUCGAGAACAACAAGGAGUGCAAGGGAGGAUUCAUUCUUGAUGGUUUCCCUCGCACAGUUCCGCAAGCCAAGAAGCUGGAUGAGAUGUUGGCGGCCAAGACGCAGCAACUGAAGCAUGCAAUUGAACUGCAGAUCGAAGACAACCUGCUCGUGGCUCGCAUCACUGGCCGCCUGGUGCACCCAGCCUCCGGACGAUCAUACCACAAGAUCUUCAGCCCGCCGAAGAAGGAGAUGACCGAUGAUAUUACCGGCGAGCCUCUCAUUCAGCGAUCAGACGACAACGAGGAAGCCCUCAAGAAGCGGUUAGGGACAUAUCACAAGCAGACCGCUCCAGUCGUGGACUACUACCGCGCUACCGGCAUCUGGAGAAAGAUUGAUGCCAGCCAGGAGCCUGGCGCGGUAUGGAAGAACAUGCUGCAGAUCUUCAACGAGAGCGAGGGAAGCGCGUCUGGUGGACUCAUGGGCAAGCUGGGUCUGAGGAAGUGAGGGGAUUUAUCUUUGUGAAGCACCACAACGGUCCACGAUGGCGGCUAGAAGCCAGCGACUGCGGACCGGAUCUGCCGUAGCCGGAAUGGGCAAGAGUCUGCUCAGAGGCCAAGCAUUUCAGUGGUUCGUAAAAUGUGGCGCGAGGUGUGCAUAGAAGCUGUGUGGCUACAGUGUAUCAUAGGGAGCGGGCAUUGUACGGAUCACCUAAUUCCAUAGGGUUUUACCACAAAAGAGAGAUACGAGAGUCGCGAUUGCCUGAUGGGAGC